CCUUUGUUCACGGCUUGAGUUGCAGACCGGCGACAUCUGCGGACAGACACUGCUAGUUUUCUAGGAAAACAAAACAGACCUGCUUCAAUAUUUUGCUCUGUUAUCUUAACAUUUGAUGUUAAUAUGUAUACAUUAUGGACUGGCUUCACAUAUAUAUAGCUAAAAGAAAAGUAUUAGUGCUCGCCAUACGUGUUGGUUAUGCUGUCAAUUUCUUGUAAUAGCUUUAGAGUAUUUUUAGCAAGGCAGCUAAGGUUAGAAGCUAAUCACGGAACGUUGUACGUUGUGCUAGCUGGCGUUAACCGCAUUAGCUACAUUAUCUAAUGAUAGUUAAGGUAAGUGCCAGCAGGUCGCAAACCUCAACACUGUGUGACAACAGUCUUACAGCCUGGCCUUGCUUGACUAACGUUAGAUGAAGUAACGUUCACGAAUACACACGUUAGACGGUGGCUAGCUUGUGUUGUAAGUGAAAAGUCAGUUGGGAAAAUUAUGCAAUUUAAGAAAUAUAAUGUGACAGCAGUGGGCAAGGAUCGCUGCCAAUUAGUUUUGCUGCUCCUUUGUCAGUGAAGUCAUGCAUGACGUGAGACGUGUAUUGAUCAAGACAGUCCUUCCCUCUUUAUAGUGGCGAGAAGGCUAACCUACCACCAGUGAGAUAUUUGGGCUUGUUCACCGGCAAAAUGCCUGGAAUGGUGGUGUUUGGUCGGCGGUGGGGGAUAGCCAGUGAUGAUCUUGUUUUCCCCGGAUCCUUUGAACUGUUCAUCCGUGUGCUUUGGUGGAUUGGCACCAUGAUCCUGUUCACUUACCACAAGGGUCAUUUUGAUUGUAAUGAGAGAGGGGUUCUUCACAGCUACCUGGUUGGACUGCUGGUUGUGCUGGCGCUCAUCAUCCUGUCACUGUGUGCUAUUGUCUACAUCAGUGCUCAAGGUACCAUUACAAAUCCAGGCCCGCGGCGCUCUAUGCCUGCACUGGUGUACCUGCGAGCUCUGUUGUACCUCCCUGAGCUGGUCUGGGCUUGUCUAGGGGCUGUUUGGGUGUCUGAUGACAGCAAAGGCUGUGAUACUGCCACAGUGGGCGCUGUCAUUGCAGCAGUUGUAGCCAGCUGGAUCAUUCUGCUGUUCACGGGGAUAGGUGUUGUGUUUGUCUUUGAUCCACUGGGGGACCCCCGUCCUCAACCUCCUACCAUGGAGCCACUGGGAGUACGAGAUCUGCAGAGCAGCGAGGGCUCCCAGUUUCUAUCCACUGCUCGCUCCCUGGCUGUUAAAGUCUGGGAGAGCAGGCUUCGUCUCCUGUGCUGCUGUCUGCCACAGGAUGAAAGCCACCGGGCAGCAUUCUCCAGCAUCGCACAGCUCUUUAGCAGCUUCUUCUCUGACACAGACCUGGUUCCCAGUGACAUAGCAGCCGGUUUGGCUCUGCUGCACCAGGAGCAAGACAAGAUGGAGAAAGGCCGAGAUCCAGAGGUCAUCGUCACUCACAGCCCCUCCUCUCCAAUCGGAGAGGAUUUGGAGACAGAGUUGGAGAAAGCUGCCCACUGUAUGCAGUUUGCUGCAGCAGCUUAUGGCUGGCCACUCUACAUUUACUCCAACCCCCUGACUGGACUCUGCAAACUCAGUGGAGACUGCUGUAGGAGCCGUGCAGCUGAGUAUGAGAUCAUCGGAGGAGACCACCUUGGCUGCCAUUUCUCCUCCAUCCUGCAGAGCACUGGUCUGCAGUACAGAGACUUUAUACAUGUCAGCUUCCACAACCAGAUCUAUGAGAUCCCCUUCUAUGUGGCUCUGGAUCAUAAGAGGGAGGCUGUUCUGGUGGCUGUCAGAGGAACACUGUCACUGAAGGACGUCCUGACAGACCUGUCAGCUGAAUGUGAGAACCUGCCAAUAGAAGGAGUGUCUGGAGCCUGCUACGCUCACAAGGGCAUCUGUCAGGCAGCGAGUUAUAUCUACAAGAAGCUGAUCAACGAUGGCAUCCUGAACCAGGCAUUCUCCAUUGCACCGGAAUAUAAACUGGUCAUCACUGGCCACAGUCUGGGUGCUGGCGCAGCUUCAGUGCUGGCUAUCCUCUUACGCAAUUCCUUCCCCACCCUGCAGUGCUAUGCCUUCUCUCCACCAGGGGGACUCCUGAGUAAAGCCUUAGCUGAUUACUCCAAGGACUUUGUGAUCUCAGUGGUGCUGGGAAAGGAUCUGGUUCCCAGACUGAGCAUUCCCAAUAUGGAGGACCUGAAGAGGAGGAUACUUAAAAUAGUUUCUAACUGCAAUAAGCCCAAAGGAUGUUGGUACGAGCUGUUUGGAGGAGACCCAGAUGACUUCCCAACAGAGAUGGACAACAGGAGGGAGGAGCAGCUUAGCCAGCCACUGCUGGGGGAGGAGUCACUGAUGAUUCGCCACUCAUCAUCCUAUCAGAGCCUUGCAUCCGAUGACUCGCCCGCCCAUACAGCUACACACUUACCGCUCUUCCUGCCUGGACGCAUUCUUCAUAUCACAGAAGACGGGCCUUCACGGAGAUCCUGUUUUUCUCAGGUCCGUUACCGGGCUGACUGGUCCAAUGAAAUGGCGUUUAGGAGUAUUUUGAUCAGCCCCAGGAUGCUGGCUGAUCACAUGCCUGACGCUGUGCUCCGAGCACUCAACAGUCUCACCAGCGACCGGCCCUUCUCCCUCUGCCCUUCGUCUUUAAACAACAGCCAGCAAAAUACUAUCUGAAUUGUACUAAAAAGACUGACUCCUAAUGUCUGCUCCUGGAUGCCACAAUAUCCUAAACCAACUUUUAUUUGUGUCUUUACAUCUGAUUCAGGACAGCUUCAAGUACAUCACUUGAUUUGUCAUCCCAGCCUUUCCUCACACACAUACAGGUAAAAGCCAGAAAAUUAGAAUAUUUUCAUAAACUUGAUUUAUUUCCGUAAUUGCGAACAAAAGGUAUAACUUUUACAUUAUAUGUAAUCAUUGCACGCAGACUGAUGCACUUCAAAUGUUUAUUUAUUUAAUUUUGAUGAUCAUAGGUGGCAACAAAUGAAAAUCCGACAUUCCGUGGGUCAGAAAAUUAGAAUAUUACCUGAGGCCAAUACAAAAACAGGAUUUGUAGAAAUGUUGGCCAACUGAAAAGUAUGAACGUGAAAAAUAUGAGCAUGUACAGUACUCAAUACUUGGUUGGAGCUCCUUUUGCCUCAAUGACUGCAUUAAUGCGGCGUGGCAUGGAGUCGAUCAGUUUCUGGCACUGCUCAGGUGUUAUGAGAGCCCAGGUUGCUUUGAUAGUGGCCUUCAGCUCUUCUGCAUUUUUGGGUCUGGCAUUCUGCAUCUUCCUCUUAACAAUACCCCACAGAUUUUCGAUGGGGCUAAGGUCGGGCGAGUUGGCUGGCCAAUUGAGUACAGAAAUAUCAUGGUCCUUAAACCAGGCACUGGUAGAUUUGGCACUGUGUGCAGGCGCCAAGUCCUGUUGGAACAUAAAAUCCCCACCUCCAUAAAGCAGGUCAGCAGCAGGAAGCAUGAAGUGCUCUAAAACUUGCUGGUAGACGGCUGCGUUGACCUUGGAUCUCAGGAAACAGAGUGGACCGACACCAGCAGAUGACAUGGCACCCCAAACCAUCACUGAUGGUGGAAACUUCACACUAGACUUCAGGCAACGUGGAUCCUGUGCCUCUCCUGUCCUCCUCCAGACUCUGGGACCUCGAUUUCCAAAGGCAAUGCAAAAUUUGCUUUCAUCAGAAAACAUAACUUUGGACCACUCAGCUGCAGUCCAGCUCUUUUUUUCCUUAGCCCAGGUGAGACGCUUUGCGCGCUGUUUCUUGUUCAAAAGAGGCUUGACACGAGGUAUGCGGCAGUUGAAACCCAUGUCUUUCAUGCGUCUCUUGGUGGUGGAUUUUGAAGCACUGACUCCUGCAGCAGUCCAGUCCUUGUGAAUCUCCCCCACAUUUUUGAAUGGGUUUUUUUUCACAAUCUUCACCAGGGCGUGGUGAUCCCUGUCGCUUGUACACUUUUUCCUACCACAGUUUUUCCUACCCUUUGCCUCUCCAUUAAUGUGUUUGGACACAGAGCUUUGAGAACAGCCAACCUUUUCAGCAAUAACCUUUUGAGUCUUGCCCUCCUUGUGCAAUGUGUCAAUGGUUGCCUUUUGGACAGCUGUCAAAUCUGAAGUCUUCCCCAUGUUUGUGUAAGCUUCAGAACUGGACUGAGAGACCAUUUAAAGCCCUUUGCAGGUGUUUUGAGUUAAUCAGCUGGUUAGUGGGUGGCACCAGGUGUCUUCAAACUUGACCCAUUUCACAAUAUUCUAAUUUUCUGACCCACGGAAUGUCGGAUUUUCAUUUGUUGCCACCUAUGAUCAUCAAAAUUAAAUAAAUAAACAUUUGAAGUGCAUCAGUCUGCGUGCAAUGAUUACAUAUAAUGUAAAAGUUAUACCUUUUGUUCGCAAUUACGGAAAUAAAUCAAGUUUAUGAAAAUAUUCUAAUUUUCUGGCUUUUACCUGUAUAUAUGUCAGGGUAGAGACUGCGAUUUGGUAAAGUUGGAGUCUCUACCAGUAGAGAUUGCGAUUGGAAUCUCUACCAGUAGAGUUUGUGAUUGUAAUCUCUACCAGUAGAAACUCCAAUCCUACCAGUAGAGAUGGAACUUUAAAUCUGACCCCUGCCCUGACCCCUGACCCUAACCUUAACUAACCCUGACCUUUAAAUCUGACCCCUGCCCUGACCCCUGACCCUAACCUUAAAAGUCUAACCUUAGCCCUGAUAAAUCUCUACUGGUAGGAUUGGAGUUUCUACUGGUAGAGAUUGCGAUCGCAGUCUCUACUGGUAGAGACUCCAAUUGCAAUCUCUACUGGUAGAAACUCCAACUCUACCAAAUCGCAGUCUCUACCCUGACAUAUACAUUUUAAGUAUGGAGCUUCUCAAGCAGUUGCAUCUGAUUGUAGUGGUAAUGGCAGACUUAAAACCACAGGGAUUUGUCUGUUGUGGUCUCUAUGAAUGAAUGUCACUUGUAAAGAAGAAACACUUUGGAGCUGAUUUGUUCAGUUGCACUUUAAUUCAAAUAAUUUGAUUUGUUUCGGCUUCAUGAGUUACUCCAUGAGCAACCUUAUGCCAUGAUCUUUGAAUGUGCGUUGUGUACAAUAUUUGACAGUGCUGCAGUUUUCCUAUAAUGCCAGUGUUCUACAGUUUCUGUUUGUGUGAGUGGUAUAUGGCUGGUAUAGGCUGCCCUCAUGGGCCCUGCAGGUUUGUUUUCUCUUCUUAAUUAUCUUUGAGGGUGACUCUGGAGCAGUCUGAUCCACUAUGUGAACAUACAGCUUCGGAACUAAUUAUUUGACCACUGUGUCUGCUGCCUCUUUCUUUGGGGCUCUUGGUGGAGAAGUACUUCGUUUUGUUCUUCAGGUUGUAAUAGACGGGUGUUUUGCUGAUUCCAAGUCUUUGUUGUUGUGUUAAACACUAAGAUGGACGAGUGAUAAUUUAGUUUGGAUUGUCAGUUGGCUUCACAUAUACAGCAUAUGAACAAAAUAAUCAAAACCUUUUUGAUUCCAAUACAUAAUUUGCUGCAUGUGUUGUAAUUCUUGUAAGACUUUUUUCAUGUUUUUUUUUUAGAGAAGAUGCAGAAAUUAUUUAACCACUAUGAUAAAAUUCUAACUAAAUUAUCAGUGUUGAAGGCCUUUUGUGUAGAGAAAGAAAGCUACAGGUGGUGUAACAAUUAUUUCCAGAGCUGUAUAAGGGUAACUUGUACCUUAAAACGUGGCUUGAAUUUACAUAUUCAUUGUGUCAUAACUGUGGUUAGACUGUCUUGUGUUUAUUGUCUUAAGACAUCAGGAUGAACUGUGCCUAUGCAUUAUACAAAAACAAGCCGACAGAAUUACUUUACACAAAAAGACGCGAGUGCAGUGCGUUUACACUAAGUUCUGCAGUGUGAACAGUGCAUGGUGUUUGCCAUAAACAUGAUAGAUGUGGGAGGUAGAAAGAUUGUACAUUUUGUGGGAACCUGUUUACUUGCCAUGCAUAUUACAUUGUAUUUCAGGUGAUAUGUAAUGUUAAGGUUUGAAUCUGCUGAUGCCUGCGUAAAUAUUUCACACCCUCAAUACAGUGCAUUGGACUCCUUGUGGCAAAUAAAAGCGUUUGUGAAGCACAA